ACACCUUGCCUAGCUCCUAACCUGAGUCCCGAAUAUGGAUGAAAUAGUUUAAGAGCACAUAUUGAUUCUAUGUAUCAUAACUGGGGAGGGGGGUCGCGAAUUCACAACCCGUAAUGGGAUAUUAUCAGACAAACAUCGCGCAUACCUGACAAAUCGACCGCGGAAUGUCGUAGAGAUGGAUUAUGAUGCCGCCUGUUCUUCGUCGGCGUUUACGGUUUUACGAUGCGGGGCCAACAAUGGAGUAAACAAGAGCAUCCGCUUAACUCCGUAUUCCGCGCUUCAUGCACGUAUGCGUACCGCGUAUAUAUACUGCGGCUUUUCUCUCAAUGAUGCUAUCCUCACUGCAUAGCUCUUCAUCAAUCCUUUCACAUUCCAACAUCCAAAUCAAUCAGAACCAUCUCGCAUUCAUCGUCUUACUCAAAUCGCCAAAAUGUCAACAAUAUUUGAACUUCCACCUGAGCCUGCCACGGAGUUGGGCCAACUUCGGAUCCUCUCGCCCUCGGCCGGCAUCCGUGUGUCCCCCCUCCAGCUUGGUGCCAUGUCCAUUGGUGAUGCGUGGAACUCAAUGAUGGGUAGCAUGGACAAGACACAAUCCUUCAAGCUGCUCGACGCCUACUUUGAGGCGGGUGGUAACUUCAUCGAUACGGCCAACAACUACCAGAAUGAGCAAUCCGAGACCUGGCUCGGCGAAUGGAUGAAGGAGCAUGGGAACCGCGACCAGCUCGUGCUCGCGACCAAGUUUACUACUGAGUACAGGGGCCAUGCUAUUGGACACGGCAAGGCGCCGAACCAUGGCGGAAACCACAAGCGCUCGCUCCACAUGAGCAUUCGGGACUCUUUGGCGAAACUGCAGACCGAUUGGAUCGACAUUCUUUAUAUGCACUGGUGGGAUUACACGACCUCAAUCGAAGAAGUCAUGGACAGCCUCCAUAUCCUAGUUCAGCAAGGCAAGGUGCUGUACCUCGGUGUUAGUGACACGCCUGCCUGGAUCGUCUCCGCGGCGAACACGUACGCACGGGCCCACGGCAAGACGCCCUUCAGCAUCUACCAGGGCCGGUGGAAUGUCUUGCUGCGCGACUUCGAGCGCGAUAUCCUCCCCAUGGCCCGCCAUUUCGGUAUGGCGCUGGCACCCUGGGGCGCGCUCGGCUCCGGCAAGUUCCAGUCGAAGAGGCAGAUCGAGGAGCGCAAGAAGCGAGGAGAGGGCUUGCGCUCCAUGGGAGGCUCAGAGCAGACCGAAGACGAGGUCAGGAUCAGCGAGGCUCUUGGCAAGGUUGCUGAAGAGCAUGGCGUUGAGUCGGUGACGGCCGUCGCGCUGGCGUACGUUAUGGCCAAGGCGCCGUAUGUGUUCCCGAUUGUUGGCGGCCGAAAGGUGGAACAAUUGCAGGACAACAUUCAGGCGCUGAAGAUAAAGUUGACUUCCGAGCAAGUCCAGUAUCUGGAGAGUGUUAAGCCGUUCGACAUUGGUUUCCCUCUGAACUUUAUCGGGGAAGAUCCCAAGAACUCGAAGCCCAUUGGUCAUUAGUAGGAUAGAAGGGAGAAUCCCAUUGCGGGUAUUGAAUCGCAUCCCCCCUCCCCUGCAAUUUCAAGUCGUAUGCUCGCUUCCUUAGCUUCCAUCACUAUAAAGCGAGAUUUGCCGUGAAGCAAGAUGGUGAUACGUGUACGUAGUAGAAGAAGAGACCCAGUUA